AUGUCUUGGGAGCCCAACUUUCUCGUCGAUACUGAGCACAUGUACAGUUUGUACAUGGAGGCCAGUGCCUCGGAAGAAUACGGAUACUCUAUCCGAUUUUGGAACCCGAGAUUAAAUCGAGAUUUUCCUAUGCAUGAAGGCUGGCUCGUUGCACCGAGACAGCCUGUACACAAAGACCAAACAAAUGGAAAGCAGACGAUGGAUACCUUUGUUGAGCGGCUUGACGGCAAUCAGGAUAUUCAAAUCGGAUCACUGCUGCAUGUUGCCAAACGCGAGGGUCAGCCUAUUCAAGCACUUGAGGAGCAGGCUAUCAGCUACGCGAUCCCAGUCAUUUUAGAACGCUCGCUCCAAGGCCUUUACAUCCUUACUACACUAGGAACAAAGUUCCGGCUGUGGUAUCUGGCAGCUGGUCAUACGGUACCGAAGGCCCUCUUCCACGCCGAUGCAGGUCUGGGGUGCAAAGAAGCCUACAUCGACGCUGGAACUCAUGAGGCCGCAGAAGCAUACGUUGAUUUUUUGAGGCAGAUGAAGGGGGAGCCAGAAGUUGCUGACGGCACCGGCGCUACCUAG